UAUGCUCUUCACUCUUCCCAUGAAAAUCUCCACUCCCCACAUACGCUUAGCAAUUCGCUGAUUCGUAAAUAAAAAUAUUUAUACAUAACUAUCCUGCAAUUUUCGCCAAAUAAAAUUGGUUCGUGUUCUGUUUUCAUGCCACAGGACAAUGAAAUUCUUGACGGUGAAGCCAUGCCUGAUUUUGAUUCGCGGUAGGAUUUUGGGGAUUUCGAUCCCGAAGCCCCACCCGCAUGUGCCUUUGAUCAGCCCCAAUAGGUUGAAUUUACGGGAAUUCCACGCCCACCCUAAACCGCUGUUUUAUUUGAGUUGGGUUCAGUCGAGUGGUUUCAGGAGCCCGUGGAUUCGCACAAGUUUCAGUUUGGUCUGCAGUGUUGCGCCGAACCCUAGGCGUUUUUCCACCAUAAUCGGGGAGAAUUCGGAGGGGAAGGACCUGGUUGCGGAGAAUAUUGAUUUGGAUGCGGUAAAUAGAGAGGGAGUUGAAGAGUCUAAGGGUAAUGGUGAGGCUGAUGCUAUUAUUUCUGCCAAGGGAUCCAACGUUGAAGAGCAGGCGUGGAAGUUGUUGAAAGACUCCGUUGUUACGUAUUGCGGGAACCCUGUUGGGACCCUGGCUGCCAAUGAUCCUAAUGAUUCUAUGCCGCUUAAUUAUGAUCAGGUGUUCAUAAGGGACUUUGUUCCAGCGGCUCUUGCAUUUUUGCUCAAGGGGGAGAACGAGAUUGUGAAGAAUUUCCUCCUGAAUAACCUGCAGCUGCAGAGUUGGGAGAAAACAGUUGACUGCUAUAGUCCAGGGCAGGGGCUGAUGCCUGCAAGUUUUAAAGUGAGAACUGUGGCUCUGGAUGAAGACAAGUUUGAAGAAGUUCUUGAUCCUGAUUUUGGGGAGUCAGCUAUUGGCCGGGUUGCACCUGUUGAUUCAGGACUCUGGUGGAUUGUUGUGCUGAGAGCUUAUGGGAAGAUCACUGGUGACUUGUCCUUGCAAGAAAGAGUGGAUGUCCAAACCGGCAUUAAACUCAUACUGAACUUGUGUUUGUCGGAUGGCUUUGACAUGUUUCCUUCUUUGCUAGUCACUGACGGCUCCAGCAUGAUAGAUAGGCGAAUGGGGGUUCAUGGUCACCCACUUGAGAUUCAAGCCUUAUUUUACUCAGCUCUUCGUUCUGCACGAGAGAUGCUCGCUUUAGAUGAAGGGUCCAAGAAUUUGGUGAGAGCUGUUGCCAACCGGCUCAGUGCUUUGUCAUUUCACAUUAGGGAAUACUAUUGGAUUGAUAAGAAGAAGAUAAACGAAAUAUACCGAUAUAAGACAGAGGAGUAUUCCACAGAGGCAACAAACAAGUUCAAUAUCUACCCUGAACAAAUUCCUAGAUGGUUAAUGGACUGGAUUCCCACAGAAGGUGGUUAUCUCAUUGGCAAUUUACAGCCAGCUCACAUGGACUUCAGGUUCUUCACGCUUGGAAACCUCUGGUCCAUUAUCACGUCGUUGGGUACUCCAAGACAAAAUGAGGCCAUUCUACGUUUGAUUGAUACCAAAUGGGAUGAUCUUAUGGGCCUGAUGCCUGUUAAGAUAUGUUAUCCGGCUUUGGAGUUUGAAGAAUGGCGUAUAAUCACCGGAAGUGACCCAAAGAACACGCCAUGGUCGUAUCAUAAUGGGGGAUCGUGGCCAACACUUCUGUGGCAGUUCACAUUGGCAUGCCUAAAGAUGGGAAGAGAGGAUUUGGCUUCUAAAGCAAUUGAAUUGGCUGAAAAACGGCUGGCAGUGGACCAUUGGCCUGAAUAUUAUGACACCAAACACGGUAAGUUCAUAGGAAAACAAGCCCGCCUCUACCAAAACUGGACCAUAGCUGGUUUUUUGACAUCUAAAAUGUUUCUGGAGAAUCCAGAAAAGGCGUCCCUGCUGAUUUGGGAAGAAGACUAUGACCUUCUUGAGAAUUGUGUGUGCAGUCUUAGUAACUCUAGCCGGAAAAGGUGCUCUCGAUCUGCUGCUAAGUCGCAGUUCCUUGUAUAGCUAGUGAGCAAGCACAAGGCUUUCAUUGCUGUACAGCAAGUAGUCAGAGCAUAGGAAGUAAAAGAAUGGGUGGUCUUAGCUUCCUCACACCAAAAGUAGAAGAACUAACUUGAUUUGUAAGUAUUGUAAUUGUAAUAGUUGGAUGAUGAUGAGAAUUGAGAUGAAGUAAUUAAAAGAAAAAUUCUUCAAGUUAAUGUAAUUUAUUAAAGCACAUCUUCAAGGAUUUCGACCUGCAAUUUAUAACUUCA